ACAAAUGACAUGCACCUUUCCCUUUGACCAAGCGGAAGUGUUAUAAACACUACCUUUAGUUUUUUAGUACCUUUGAAUUGAACAAUGGCAUUGUUCACAACAGUGUAAGACUACAGGGGUCACUUUAUACACAUAUAAGACUUCAACACCGCAGUUGUCAGUCACUUUAAUUCCAAACACUCAGAAAGCUCCAACAAGAUCAAACCCUUUAAAAAACAAUUUCCUAAAUAUCUAAAACUUUACGACACACUUCAAUCAUCUUCUCCUCAAAGAUACCAAUCAUAAUGCCGGCUACUAUCUGGCUCGUGCGCCACGCCGAAUCUGUUGCCAACGCGACACGGAAUGGAGACAUCCACGACCCAGAACUGACUGAUCUCGGCCGUGCACAGUGCGUGGUUCUUAGAGAGAAAUUUGCGCGAAAGCAUGUAGACCUCACUUUUGUUUCGCCAAUGCAGCGAGCCAUACAAACAGCACUAGAGAUAUUCCCGGAAUCCUCAGGCCGGCCUACAGACCCAAUGGUCCUUCUACCGGAGCUACAAGAACGCGGCAGUCUAUCGGGUUGCACGCCAUGCGAUAUCGGGAGCCCUCCCGAUGUCCUCCUCGAAAAGUAGCUUCUACGCCCCAGAAAAUGCUCGGGAGCGCGCCAGAUUUGCGCGCAAGGUGAUUCGAGACACGCUUAAGCCGUAUGAAGGUACGGAUCUCUGCAUAGUUGUUAUCACGCACGGCAGAUUCAUUCAGUAUCUGACUGAGUCCGACGUGAAAUUUCAUAACGCUAAAGCGCGCCCUUAUGUGUUCGCCCCCGCUGGUGAGGACGAUAUCGAGGCAAAGCUGAUGAAAGUUUCGCUAACCG